AGUUGAGCAGAGCGGAUAGUCGUCUUCCAUUUGUUAAGCAUAGUGAAAUAGUGAUAGAGAUGUAAAAGUUAAGUCAGUGAAUAUAGUGAGUGAGUAAGUUAUCGUCCGGUCCGGUGGUUCGAAUUCCUUGAAUGUAAAUCUUUUCACCCAGGGAUCGUUUAUCAUAGCAUUCGGAUCAUUAUUCUAAUAGAACCUUGUCAUCAAUGGCAACAAGAGAUGAAAAGGACUGCAUUACUAUUAAGUCGUAUUUUGGAUCAGAAGUCAAGUUUCAAUCUCAAGAGUAAAGAGUGGUACACUUUCAUUGAAGAGGUAUCGACAUCACCAACUCAGGCGGUUUCGCCUCUGGGAAUAUUUGUAUUUGGGAGACCUCUACUAGGCUCGAUAGUCGGCGUAGUCGCGACAUUUUUUGUCACAUCAAUGCAGUUGCGCUUGAAACCGAAGUAACAAGUGGAGAUUUGUGGUAGACGUCCACAUAUCCGCAUCGUACGAAUCCGACGAAACUACCGUAGAAUUAAAAAUAAAUUUAAUGCGAUGCGUUAUCGGACGCGGACGAUGCGAAUUUUUGGACGCUUGUUUUAAAUGAGUGAAAAUAUCAUCAUGAAUAAAGUCAUGUCGAUAGAAAAGAUUAUUGUAUAAUUUGGAUUUGACAUAAUAGAUAAUUUGGAUUUUUCAAUUGUAUAUAUUAGAAGUAUGCAAAUAGUCAAGCAUUUUUGUAGAAGUAAGAGUUAACAGUGUACUUAUCUUUUAUCUAACGAUGACAUCUUUCGGAGAUACGGGGACAUAUUUGCAGCGCCUCAUACUAAAUGCAGUAUGGGGCGUUUUUGAGCGUUUUGGUGUGAUGUUACACCGACGAAAAAUGGACCGACUUAUGAAAUAAAAUAAAAUACAGAAAAAAAUAAGAAAAUAGGAAACCGGUUUAGCACCGCCUUCAGACUGAUCAGUAGGUAGAACAUAAUACGAUGUUAUUUUUCGAUUUUUAAUUUAGUUUUUUAUUUAUCCAAUUUAGAUCUAGACAAGAAAAAUCCCCAAAAGUAAGUUGUUCUGUGUAGUCGUGUUAAAACCCUCAAUGACAGUCACAACCAAUUUAGGUGAAAAGUCCUCAUCAAUACAAUUUAAUGAAGCCCAAUCCCAUAAUAGCUACUGUACACCAUUCAGGAGGUUCAUUCGGUCGGGUAGUCGGGGCUAUCUAUUUUUAAUUUAUUAUAUACUUUAUUAUCACUAAUUUAUCACAUUCAUUUUACCUAUUUUAUACCUCAAAGGAAUUAAAUCGGGACCUGACUCGCUAAACGUAAACCGUGAUUCCCAUUCCCGUAAGAAUGUGGGGAUAAUAUAUAGCCUUUAGCCUCCCUCGAUAAAUGGACUCUCUAACACUGAAAGAAUUUUUCAAAUCGGUCCAGUAAUUCCUGAGAUUAGCGCGUUCAAACAAACAAACAAACAAACAAACAAACAAACAAACAAACUCUUCAGCUUUAUAAUAUUAGUAAAAGUAGAAUCAAUGUUUCAUAGAUGUAUUGGUAUAUGAUGGCAUUUGUCUUGUAAGCUUUCUAAAAAUGGCGGUUUAUGCAAUAUAAUGGUGUAAAAAACGGUCAACAACUAGUUUCCUAAAAGGAGUUAAAAUUCAUUUGUAAGUAUAUAUUUCUAAUCUUAUUUCUAUCAAAUACUAAAAAUAGAAUUUAUCUUCUAAUCUAAAAAGAAUGUAUUAUUUAUUUUUACAUCGAUUAAGUAAUCGAAUAUUAAAUGUAAAGGGACUGAACGAUGUUUGCUACAGUUGUAUUAGGUUGUGUAAAAAUUGUAUGUAUUUUGCGAUUUAAAUUUAUAGUUGUGUAGUCUAAUUACACUAAAUAAAUUUAUUCUUGUGCAAUAUUUUCGAUGUGUGCGUUUAUCUCGUCCCCCUCAAAAUAUAACAGACGAUUUUGUUGGGUGCGAUUCUAGUCCAUAUGUAUGUAGUUAGAGUUUUAGUGAACUGCUACCUACCCACUAUCAAAUAAUUUUUACAGACUACUUCACGUCAAAAGUUACCACGAAUAAACAUAAUUUUCUACCCAGACUCGCGGGAAUCAGUAGUUAGCAAGGGACAUAAGAUUUGUUUAAUUACGCAUUGCGCAGUAAGGAAAACUAUUGAACGCGGCCUACAGGUAUCUUGAUCUUGACCACAUUAGUAUAUAGAUACAAUGCUAGACGUCAUUACUUAGUUGUAAUGUUAUUUCGCCGUAGAUCAAUACGUUGCUUUCACAGAGUUGCAUACACAAGCUAUCAGAUGUAAUAUCCGUGGUAUUACUUAGCCCUCUCUCCAUUAUGAUAAGGCUAAUGGAAUCCUGAAUACUUAGGUACGUACGAUUUAAUGUGUUUCAUUUAUUAUUUACAAUAUUGAUUUACAUUUGGUUUUAGAUUUUAUUGCUUGCUGGUGAACACAAUAUUAUCAAUGGAUACUCCGGAGUCAGAGUCAGGUGUGGUGUCGGGCGCGACCGCCAUAGUGUUGCGAGCGAGCAAGUUUGCCGGCAUCGCGCCGCUGCGGUUCACGCGCGGUUGCGGCGAUGGUUUCCAUGUUACCGUUUGUCCGACUACGGCGAUCAUCUCUUCUGUAGCUCUUACUACUUUACAUAUGACUAUGGGAAGUGUAAUUUUAUACGGUGUUACUGUCAACGCUGAAGCGAAACGGCUUUUUUACAAGUCUAUAGAGACGAUGAUGACUUUUAUUAUCAGUAUGGCUUUGAUUAUAAGCAAAACAAGUUUGGGAGUGUUUACUGGAAAACUUCGGAUGCGAAGACUAUUGUAUAUAGUCAAUCAGUUACAGAAGAUCAAGGACUACAACUGCUGUAAUGUAUACGAACCUAAACCUUGGAUAGUUUGGACCAGCCUGCUGUCUUUUACAAUUAGCUUCCUAGUUUUGCGCGAGUUGAACCUUUUAAUGAUAAUUGAAUUUAUUGGUGAUUUACCUUAUGGUAUAUACCUUUGGUCUUCUAAAGUUAUUGAGCACAGCAUAAUUGAUUUUCUGCUGUUGCAACAUAUGACUCUAAUCUAUAACUGCUAUACUACGACGAAAGCUCUCAACACACGUCUGAAUGAACAUUUUUUACAUUCGAAUCGUCCAUAUCGAAUACAAUUGAAAGAGGAACGAAUACUGCUUGAUGAUUACAUGAAAAUUUACCAUAUUUUGACGGAUGCUUCCGGGGAUGUUAUAAUGUUGCUAUUACUUAUUGACAUCACCGUUUCUCUGUUGACGACUAUGUAUCACCUAGCCUGGGUCAUAAUCAAUUUAAGUAAAUUUAAUUCAUUGGAUUUUACUCUACUACUACUGUCCCAGGUAUUAUUUCUGAUAUUUCACACCAUUCGGAUUAUUAUUCUAAUAGAACCUUGUCACCAAUGGCAACAAGAGAUAAAAAGGACUGCAAUAUUGUUGAGUCGUAUUUUGUGCCAGAAGUCUAAUUUUAGUCUCAAGAAUAAAGAAUGGUACAGUUUCAUUGAAGAUAUCUCAACAUCAUUAACUCCGACGGUUUCACCUUUAGGAGUAUUUGUAUUUGGAAGACCUCUAUUAGGCUCGGUAUUCGGAGGAGUAGCGACGUUCUUUGUAUCAUCAAUGCAGUUGCGUUCGAAACCAAAUUAAUAAUUGGAGAUUAAAGAUCGCCGUCCAAGUAUCCGCGUCAUAAGUAUUGGACACAUCGCAUUAAAUUAAUUUUUAUUUUACGGUAGAUUCGUGCUAUCCGUACGAUGCGGAUGGACGCACUUGUAUGAUUGUGCGCCUUUUAAUUACGAUUCCUUUGAUGCGAUGUGUCUGAUACUUACGAUGUGGAUAUGUGGAGGCCUACCAUAAACGAAUUUAAGUGAAGUUAUAUUUUGAUUAUACGUCGUUUAUCUGAGAAGAUUAUUGUACAAUAUGUAUUAUAUAUUUUUAUAUAUUUAUAUUGUGAUGAAAGGCGAGUAUCUAGAUAAUGUUAAUUAUACAAAAAUCUCGACGACAUAAAAUCACGAAAUAUAAUAAUUAAUUAUAGAAAAAAAUAUUAUCUGCCCACUUGAAUAUACUCGCGUCAUAUAAAAGAGGGCGGAUAAUUGUGCCUCUGAGAGGUAGCAGAGUGCCUUUAUUAAUACACAUACUUAUUAUAGGACUGUUGAAGUAUAAAUAAAAAAAAACAUACAUAUUUCAAAUUAGAUGUUUAAAUUAAAGUUUAUUUAUGUUAAAUAAUUAUUUAUAUUAAAGUUUAUGAAUAAACACGAGAGUUUUUAGGUAUAAUAAAUAAUAAAUAAAUACGUGAUGUCACAAUUCUUAAAGUAUUUUAUUUGACUGACCGAUUAUGUGUUUCAUUCCUAACUCUAUAGACACAGAACGGUCUGCUAAUCGUAAGGCCGACUAAUCAGGAGCAAGUUCGAACAGAUGACAUUUUAAGAUUGCAAUUUAACGGUUUCACUUUCAUAAUAUACCGAAAAAUUACACGUUAAAUUGUAAUCAGUAUGUUCAGUUCACAAUAUAUCGACAGAUUACAAUAUUAUAAAGAAUGUAUUUUACAAUUUAUCGGUAACAUAUACAAUGCUAGACGUCAUUACUUAGUUGUAAUGGUAUUUCGCCGUAGAUCGAUACGUUGCUUCCACAUAGUUGCAUCUAUACAAGCUAUCAGAUGUUAUAUCCAUGGUAUUACUUAGCCCUCUCUCCAUUAUGAUAAGGCUAAUGGAAUCCUGAAUGCUUAUAUACGUAUAAUUUAAUGUGUUUCAUUUAUUAUUUACAACAUUGAUUUACAUUUGGUUUUAGAUUUUAUUUAGACCUGCUGUUGAACACAA